GCUUUACAUGAAUAUUUGCAUGAGUUUUAACUUUUAAACUUCUGCACGCGUAGUGCCCAUAGUAAGUUUCCGAUCGUUGUACUGUUCAAACAUGUUUCUGUAGUUCUUUUAACGCAAAAUAUAGAAUAAAUAAACAUGUUAAUAAACAAAUGGGUAAAGGCGAAGGCAGCCUGUUCUAAUUUAUGGCAUUAUACAAAUUUUAAACGAUUCGCUACGCAAAUUAAAAAUUCUGAAGAUAUUUUAGAGACGCCUAAUUAUGAACCCGAUAAAUUUUACGAGGAUAUAAAGAAAGCGUACGAAUGUACCGUAACUCCUUCUUUGAAGUUAUUUUACAAUGAACCAUUGUUAAUCCACAAAGGUCGAGGACAAUGGUUGUGGGACCAUCGCGGGAAACGGUACUUGGACAUGUUCGCCGGAGUUGCUACCGUAUCCGUUGGCCACUGUCACCCAAAGAUAGUAGCUGCAAUGUCCGAACAAGCAUCAAAGCUGAAUCAUGUUUCUUCCAUUUACAUGCACCCUCAUUUAUACGAAUACGCGAACAAGCUGAUAAGUAAAUUCCAGGGAAAAUUGAAAGUGGUGUAUUUAACUAACAGUGGAUCGGAAGCGAACGAGUUGGCGUUUUUGAUGGCGAGGCUGUACACUCGCAAUCAUACUGUCGUUUCUUUUAAAAAUUGCUAUCAUGGUGCAACGUAUGGUACUGUGGCCUCAACGGCGAUAAGUACUUGGAGGUAUCCAUUUAUUGUUCAACCCCCUGGAUAUUUACACGCAGUAUAUCCCGAUUUGUACAAAGGUAGUUGGAGUGGAUCAAAGUGCAGAGACUCAGAUGUACAAGUUUCUGAAAAUAAAUGUAACUGUAGAAACGGGGAAUGUAUAGCUUCAGAGAAAUACUUUCAGCAGUUCGAAGAAUCAUUUCAAUUCAGUUUACCACGUACUCAUAGUAUCGCAGCGUUUGUAGCUGAGAGUAUUCAAGGGGUAGGAGGAACGGUUCAAUAUCCUAAAUACUACCUUAAGAAGAUAUAUGAUUAUGUUCGCGAAAAGGGUGGUGUAUGCAUAGCCGAUGAAGUGCAGACCGGUUUUGGUAGAACGGGGGAGCAUUAUUGGGGUUUCGAGAGUCACGGCGUGGAACCGGACAUAGUCACCUUGGCAAAGGGUAUAGGGAACGGAUUUCCUCUUGGAGCAGUGAUCACUAGUCCUGAUAUUGCAGCGAGCUUAAACUAUGCGUUGCAUUUUAAUACAUUUGGUGGAAAUCCUCUUGCCUGCGUCGUGGGAUCGACAGUACUCGAUAUUAUAGAAGAAGAGGCUCUGCAACAAAAUGCAUACACAGUCGGUACUCAUUUGAUAAAUAAAUUAGCUAAUCUCCGAUCAGAAUUUCCAAAUGUAGUCGGCGACGUUCGAGGCAAGGGUCUCAUGAUAGGAGUCGAGUUAAUUUCGAACCCUGAGACAAAGCAGCCGUUAGAGGCCGAACGCGUGCUUGACAUAUUCGAAAACAUAAAAGAUAUGGGAGUCCUUGUUGGUAAAGGCGGGUUACAUGCAAAUGUACUAAGAAUAAAACCGCCUUUGUGCGUAACUAAAGAAGACGCGGAUUUCACAUUUACUGUUAUCAAAAAUGCGUUGGAGAUGCACGAAGAAAAAUAUCGGAAUAAUUGAAGACAACGGGUAAACGCAACUUUUUUAAUUCGUCUUACUAGGAAAAUGCGGAUCAAGUUUACUUUCUGCUGUAAACAUUAUUAUAAAUGUUCCCUGGUAAUUUUAUACAAAUGCAG